AUGAGAAACCAUAGAGACCGGAAGUGCGCCCGGGCUGCUUUGGGUUCUACGGAGUCAGCGCCCUCGCUGAGCGGGAGGGGAAGUGACGCUGCUGCUGAGAAGAUGGCGGCGAUGGCGACUCUCCCACCCUCGACUACGGCCACGGCAACGGCCACCGCGGCUGCUCUCGGGGAGGUGGAGGAUGAAGGGCUCCUGGCGUCGCUGUUUCGGGACCGCUUCCCGGAGGCCCAGUGGCGGGAGCGGCCCGACGUGGGCCGCUACCUCAGGGAGUUGAGCGGCUCGGGGCUGGAGCGGCUGCGGCGCGAGCCCGACCGCCUGGCCGAGGAGCGAGCGCAGCUGCUGCAGCAGACGCGCGACUUGGCCUUCGCCAACUACAAGACCUUCAUCCGCGGCGCCGAGUGCACCGAGCGCAUCCACCGCCUCUUUGGCGACGUGGAGGAGUCGCUUGGCCGCCUGCUCGACCGCUUGCCCAGCUUCCAACAGAGCUGCAGGAAUUUUGUGAAAGAGGCUGAGGAGAUCAGCUCCAAUCGCCGAAUGAACACCCUGACUCUAAACCGGCACACGGAAAUCCUGGAAAUCCUGGAGAUCCCUCAGCUCAUGGACACCUGUGUCCGGAACAGCUAUUAUGAAGAGGCCCUGGAGCUUGCAGCCUACGUACGCCGACUGGAAAGGAAAUACUCCUCCAUCCCUGUCAUCCAGGGCAUCGUGAAUGAAGUGCGCCAGUCCACGCAGCUGAUGCUGAGCCAGCUGAUCCAACAACUGAGGACCAACAUCCAGCUCCCUGCCUGCCUCCGUGUCAUUGGCUUCUUACGGCAAAUGGAUGUCUUCACCGAGGCUGAGUUGAGGGUCAAGUUUCUUCAGGCCCGAGAUGCUUGGCUCCGUUCUAUCCUGACUGCCAUCCCCAGUGAUGAUCCCUAUUUCCACAUCACGAAAACCAUCGAGGCCUGCCGUGUCCAUCUGUUCGAUAUUAUCACCCAGUACCGUGCCAUCUUCUCAGACGAGGACCCGUUGCUGCCCCCUGCCAUGGGCGAGCACACCGUGAAUGAGAGUGCCAUCUUCCAUGGCUGGGUGCUGCAGAAAGUCUCACAAUUCCUGCAGGUGCUGGAGACCGACCUUAACCGAGGGAUAGGCAGCCGUCUGGACUCUCUGCUGGGCCAGUGCAUGUACUUUGGGCUGUCUUUCAGCCGGGUAGGGGCUGAUUUCCGGGGUCAGUUGGCUCCUGUUUUCCAGCGAGUGGCUAUCGGCACUUUCCAGAAAGCAAUUCAGGAAACGGUCGAGAAGUUCCAGGAUGAAAUGAACUCCUACACCCUCAUCUCAGCUCCAGCCAUCCUGAGCAGCAGUAACCUGCCUGCUGCUGUUCCAGUGACUCAGCCGGGGACCCUGCAGCCGCCCAUGGUGCUCUUAGACUUCCCACCCCUUGCCUGCUUCCUCAACAAUAUUCUGGUCGCCUUCAAUGAUCUGCGCCUCUGCUGCCCCAUGGCCCUGGCGCAGGAUGUGACUGCGGCCCUGGAGGACGCCCUUGCCAAGGUAACAAAAGUAAUCUUGGCCUUCCAUCGUGCCGAAGAGGCUGCCUUCAGCAGUGCGGAGCAAGAGCUCUUCGUCCAGUUCUGCACUGUCUUCCUGGAAGACCUCGUUCCUUAUUUAAAUCGCUGUCUCCAAGUCCUUUUUCCUCCAGCUCAGAUGGCACAGACCUUAGGCAUUCCACCCACUCAGCUCUCCAAGUACGGAAACCUGGGGCAUGUGAACGUCAGCGUCGUCCAGGAGCCUCUGGCCUUUAUCCUGCCGAAGAGAGAGAUGGCCUUAUGUCUAGACGACAAGGCGCUAGUCCCCGAGCUCACAGCUCCAGCACCAGAACCCCCCGCCGAGGGGCCAGUCCUCGAACCUUUCACCCCGGCUUUCCCUGACGGGGGGCAACAGGAGGUGGGAUCCGCGGGACCGCCGCAGGCCGACGAGCCUAGUGCAGGCACUUGACAGGCGCCCCCUGCGCCCGGGCCGGUGCGGCGGUUACUGGGGCCCCGGCGGCCGAGGGGCUUACUUACUGCAGCGCCCGGCGGGAACGGGAGUUGCCGCGCGUGGGAGAGGCUGCGAAGGCAUAAUUAAAGGGAGAACCUCCUGGUUAUUCUUGUAAAUGCUUGAUUAAACUAUCAGAAAUGGAAUUAAAUAAUAAAGGUGAUGGA